AACAUAAAUAUGUUGUUUCUAUUUUAGAUCAAAAGAUUAAAUAUCUUCAUUGGGCGAAUGACAGAUUCAACGACACAAGCCCUUCUUCCUCAUCUUGAUGUGAUGGAUAAGCUUGGUUUGGUAUCUUGGUCCAAUGACAUGAACCUGAACCCCUACAUGGAAAAUAUAUCCAGGAAAAUAAUGGAUCGGCAAAACAAAAUACAGCUUGAUAUAAAUGCACCACUGGAUGAGAGUGCUACACACUGGUUAGCCCGGUGUCUUUCUAAUGUGAGUCACUUAACAAUAAGUGAGGACAAACUUUCUGCACAAAAUUGUAUCAUCUUACAUGAAGCUGUUGAACGACUAACAAACCCACAAGAUUUGACAGUGAAUGACAUCAAUGGUGAUCGAUGGUCAAAGUAUUGGGGAUUGCAUUGGAAUCAACCAGAUGGUGUAAUGCAAAUCUUACACCUUCCGCCUGGAAAAAUAAAAAGAUUAAGUAUCUUCAAUGCGUGGAUGAAAGAUUCAACGACGCAAGCCCUUCUUCCUCAUCUUGAUGUGAUGGAUAAGCUUAGUUUGGGAUCUGUGUUCAAUGACAUGAACCUGAACCCCUACAUGGAAGAUAUAUCCAGGAAAAUAAUGGAUCGGCAAAACAAGAUACAAAUAUGGAUGGAGGGUCCUGCAGUCAAACAUGUAAGACCAUUGUUCCAAUGUCUUGAUAAAAUAUCGAAACUAUAUCUUGAUAUGAGACAUCUUACAAGUGAAGAUAAUCGUUUACUGGAAGAAGCAAUUCAACGAUUACAUUCUCCACAGGAUUUUGUCUUGGAGGAAAUAGCUGAUGCAGAUGCUGAUUGGAAUCAGUAUUCGGCUCAGUAUUUAAACUUUUGGCAGCAUGACUUGAUUUUUACAUUCCCCCCUAUUUCUAUAUUUCCCCAACAUUAUAACAUAUGAAUUAUAUUUAAAGGCAAAUGUUCAAAAAAUUCUGAUGGAACAAAAUUUAUUUCAAACAAAAUCAUUAAAUUUUAGUUGCAUAUUCCAACAGUUCUUUUAAUUUCAUUCAUCCCUUUCAUAAAGUAACAAACUUUACUGUGUUUAUACCAACAUAAGAUAUCAACGCACAUCUAUGAUAGAAAACCAUGAAACAUCAUGUGUGCAACAAAAUAUGUGUCUAAUUAUCAAUGUGCACAUGAACAUUCCAUUCACCCCUCUGCAUUCACUCUUGCAAAAUCUAUUCACCCAGUUAAGAAUACUGUUGUAUAUUAAGAUCAUAGUGACCACUGAGUUGUUCAUUAAGUUUUAAAACUGAUGAAAGAAAUGAUUUAUUUUUAUCUUCCCUUGAUUCAAUGUUUAACCAUCCAUUGUUUUAUUUGAUGAUGUCAUAAUCACCAUUAUCCCACAUGAUUAUGUAUCAACAAUCACAUUGUGAUGGAACAAAAAUGACUUUGAUUAAUUUGCACUCUCUCUCUUGUUGUUCUAUGCCACGUUAUUCAGUUUCCUUGUGUUGCUUUGCCAGUUAUAAUGUAGUUAAGUCAGUGUAUGCGUUUAGUUUGUCUUUAAUUACUUUUAAUUGUUUGUUUUUAUGUAGGAUUAUCAAACUAUGUAAUUACGUAUAAGUUCGUUUUACCCAUACAUUAGCAACCAAUCGUUUCACUUACUUCUUCAAUUAUUUCGUUUAGUUUUUUUAAUUCCUUUUGACCGUUUGUUUUCACGUAGGUUGCUGUCGAGCAAUAGUUACAUAAAAUGUUCCAAGCCUUAUUUAAUAAAUCAGCCACUGAUCGUUUCAUAUACUCCCCCAAAGUUCAAUUAUUUCGUUGGUGUUUUGUUUAUUUUUGAUAAAACUUUUAAUGAAUAUCAUGUUUGUAGCGUGUUAACCACCGAUAUUAUAUUCCCGUGCUUACCGUAUAUUAUUUCAUAUAAAUUCCCUUGUAUUUAGAUGUGUUUGUAGCAGCUUUAUCACUUGCACCAAUAUAUCAUUUUAAAGAUUGUAAUUUUUAUUUAGAUUUUUUUCUUCUUUAUAAUUCACGUUAUCGCCUGGAUCUUUGGUUUGUUUCUUAUAAUCUUAGUUUUUUCUUCC